AUGGAGAGCCUGGUACAGAAGCGUGGAGAAUACAAACAGCCUUGCCUUGCCUUACCUCCACGCCACCUCCUCUACACCACCUCCAAACCCCACGUCCACACCACCUCCACGCCACCUCCACGCCAACAUACGCCACCUCAACGCCACCUCAACGCCACCUCCACGUCACCUCCACGCCACCCCCCCCUCCACGCCACCUCCACGCCACCUCCACGCCACAUACGCCACCUCAACGCCACCUCAACGCCACCUCCACGUCACCUCCACGCCACCUCCACGCCACCUCCACGCCACCUCCACGCCACCUCCACGCCAACAUACGCCACCUCAACGCCACCACUCAACGCCACCUCCACGUCACCUCCACGCCACCUCCACGCCACCUCCACGCCACCUCCACGCCACCUCCACGCCAACAUACGCCACCUCAACGCCACCUCAACGCCACCUCCACGCCACCUCCACGCCAACAUACGCCACCUCAACGCCACCUCAACGCCAUCUCCACGCCACCUCCAUGCCACCUCCACGCCACCUCCACGCCAACAACACCUCUCCCGCAAACACUCCUGA